AUGGACAAGACUGAAGAGAUGAUUGUGGAUUUCAGAAAGUUGCAGGCUGACCACUCCUUAAUACACAUCAAUGGCUCCUCUGUGGACGGAGUCAGGAGCGUCAAGUAUCUUGCCUCCAGAGAACUGAUCAUCCCUGAGAAUUUGCGUCGUCAGCUCCCCGCAAUCUCCGGGAUAAGUGAGGCCAGGUGCACGGUCUCGGACAGUGCAAUGAAUCUGGAACUUUGUGAUCUCCCACAGGGUUCCCAGUCCUGCUGCAAAUGUGUCAACCGCGUAGUUCCGCUAAACGAGCAGCAGGAAAAGGAAUUUUCUGCAGCGGGAAGCCAGGGAAAUCACUCUUGUCCGCCGGACGACAACAUUCUGCAAGCGAGCAGGGAAAAUUGGCAAAAUCCACGUGCGCCUGGAAUUUCAGGCACAGGAUAUGACCCAGCAGUUACUCCCAUCCCUCGUCCAUUCCUGGCAUGGGAUCCAGCUCCCAUGGAUCCCUCGAGGUCUGGGACAGCGAUCCCCGUUGGCGCCUUCUCUUCGGCAGAGGGUCCAGGAUGUCCCGAGUGCAAUAGGGACGUUGGAAGCUCGGGGCUGGAGGAGCAGCAGCCCCAAGAUGGCCUCGACGAAAGCGUUCCAUCUCCCGCUGAGUCGCCGUCCCUGGGGACGGUCCCCUCCUCUUCUACGGGACAGGAGGAGGGGGAGGAUGUUCUGUACCCGUCUAAGGAGGCCGCACCUGCGUCCUCCAUCCCGGACUCUGAGCUGCUCAGGGUGCCCCCCACAGAUUAUGAAUUCUGGGCCAUCUUCAACUUCGCUGGAACAGAGGCGGCGAGGAUGCUGCUGAUAGAGCGCCGGGAGAAGGCUGCAGCUGAGAAGACCUCGAUAUCCUGA